AUGGAAAGAAUGGAUCAUUUGCAGGUGUCUUUACAAAAAGGAGAUGAUGAGGGGUCAAAAAUAACUCAAGACAAUCGAAGAAAUAGAAAUAGAGUUGACAACAAUCUUGGUAGCAUGAAGAUGAAGAUUCCAUCUUUUCAAGGUAAGAGCGACCCAGAGGCAUAUAUGGAAUCGGAAACAAAAGUAGAGAAUGUGUUUGGAGUUCAUAACUAUUCCGAAGAUAAAAAGGUAAAGCUUGUUUCCAUUGAAUUUUCUAGUUAUGCUAUAACAUGGUGGGACAAGUUGGCUUUGUCUAGAAGGAGAAAUGGGGAACAACCUGUUAAUACAUGGGAAGAAAUGAAGGCUGUUAUGAGAAGGCAUUUUGUCCCACCCUAUUACUAUCAUGAUUUGUUCAAUCGGCUUCAAAACAUCACACAACGAUCAAGAUCUAUGGAGGAAUAUUAUCAAGAGAUAUAAAUGGUGAUGGCAAGGGCGAGUAUUCAAGAAGAUCUCAAAGCCACCAUGGUCAGAUUUUUGGGAGGCCUUCAAAAAGAAAUUGCUGAUGUGGUGGAGUUGCAACACUACAUAGAUUUGGAAGAAAUGUUUCACAUGGCUGAAAAGAGCCAAAGCGAAGAUGAUGAUGAUGGCAACAACACAGCAUAUGAAGAUGACAAUGAACUAAAGAUGUGCAGCCAAGAAGUACCUAAAAAAUUGCCACCAAUUCUAGGUAUAGAACAUCAAAUCGAUUUGGUUCCCGGUGCCACUAUUCCAAAUAUACCAGCUUAUAGAGCCAAUCAGGAGAAGACAAAGGAGUUUCAAAAGGCGGUUAACAAAAUCACCAUCAAAUAUCGUCAUCCAAUCCCUAGAUUAGAUGACAUGUUUGAUGAGUUCCAUGGAGCCAAAAUCUUUACCAAGGUUGAUCUUAAAUCUGGUUAUCACCAAAUUAGAAUCAAAGAAGAUGAUGAAUGGAAGACCACUUUUAAAAAAAUUGGCCUUUACGAGUGGUUGGUUAUGCCUUUUGGCUUAACUAAUGCACCCAAUAAUUUUAUGAGGCUUAUGAAUCAUGUUUUGAGUUAUUUGAAAAUCUCAACAAGUGCACAUUUUUGUGUGGAAGAAAUUUUUAUUCUUGAGUGUGAUGCUUCAGGAAUUGGAAUUGGAGCUAUUUUGCUUCAAGGAGGCCAACCCAUUGCGUAUUUUGGUCAGAAUUUAAACGGUGCCACCUUGAACUAUCCAACCUAUGAUAAGGAGUUGUAUACGGUUGUGUGAGCCUUGGAGACAUGGGAACACUAUCUUAGGCGUAAGGAAUUUGUGAUUAUCACUGAUCAUGAAUCUCUUAAGUAUUUGAAAGGCCAAAGGAAUCUGCACAAAAGGCAUGCUAGAUGGAUAUCUUUCAUAGAGACAUUUCCAUACAUUGUGCGUUAUAAGAAACGUGAGGCUCAUAGUGGAGGGUUGAUGGGUCACUCAUCCACCAGUUUUUCUCUACUUGAGGUUGUUUAUGGCUUUAAUCCUACAACACCUUUAGAUUUAUCUCCUUUGUCUGUCAAAAAACAAAUAAAUUUAAUGCAAGUACGUGAAAAUAUUGAAAGGAAAACUAAAAAAUACGUACAAGAAGCCAACAGGGGGCCUAAAAUUGUGUUCGAACCUGGUGAUUGGGUAUGGGUUCAUAUGAGGAAGGAAAGGUUUCUAGCUUCAAGACUCACCAAAUUACAUCCACGUGGUGAUGGAGGUGAUGGACCAUUUCAAGUAGUGGCUCGUGUUAAUGAUAAUGCCUACAAGCUUGAUUUACCCGGUGAUUAUGGUAUAAGUGCAACUUUUAAUGUUUAUGAUUUGUCUCCAUUAGAUUUUGAUCUAGGUGGUCUCGAUUCGAGGACGUAUCGAUCUGAAGAGGGAGGGGAUGAUGAAAACCUUAUCGAAGAAAAAGGAGACAAGCGUAAUGGAAAUUCAAAGCUCGAUGGAAACUCGUGUGAAGUUGAUCCAAUGACACGUGCAAGGAGAAAGCGGAUGCAAGAAGCUGUGUCUAAUCUCAUUAUUUCAGCCCCUUUGGACGACAACCAAGACCCCAAGCCCAAUUGGAUAAACUAUCUUGUGUUCUUGGGCUAA